AUGUCAUUUCCCCCAGUGAACCCCCUGCCCGUCGGGCGGGGAAGCAGCUUUUUAACGCCAACAGACCCUUUGGGGAACCGAGGAGAACAAACCGACGGGACUUUAGGGCCGAGGGAUGAGCUCAAAGACCCGCUCAGCGCGCCGGGGACGGGCCGGGACCCACCCGCUCCGCCGGGCCCCCCUCCCGGUCCGACCCUGCCCGGCAGCGGAUCCCGAUCCCGGCUGGAAGCAAACUUGGUGUUGCACCAGACUGUGGAGCGCAUCCACGUGGGCAAGAAGUAUGGGGACAUCCCACGAGGGAUCUUUGUUGUGAGAGGAGAGAACGUUGUUCUGCUGGGGGAAAUAGACCUGGAAAAGGAGAGUGAUACACCUCUGCAGCAAGUCUCCAUUGAGGAGAUCCUGGAGGAGCAGCGGGUGGAACAGCAGGCCAAGCAGGAGUCAGAGAAGCUGAAGGUGCAGGCGCUGAAGGAGCGGGGCCUCUCCGUCCCACGGGCAGACACCCUGGACGAGUACUAG